UAGCGUCUUUUCCUUCUUCCAACUAAGACCAUCCAUCCAUCACUAGUAACCCUUCACUUUAUCUCCCUCCCUAUUCUUUAAGCAAAAGCCAUGCCAUCAUCCAAGCAUAAUAACGCCCCAUGUCAAACUCGGCUCCCACCGCUUCCCCCGAUAUAACCUGCCUCACGCCCGAGCCCUUCGUGCCGAAGCCACUCAUCGCCGACAUCCUGCGCACGCGCUACUGCGUGCCCGACUCCAUCUUCCUUGUCGAGGGCGUCGAUGUCUUCCACACCUCCAAGUCGAAACGAUGGCGCGCUAUCCGCCUGCUCCUCGGCGACGGCGAGCUGUGCAUCCAGGCCCUGAUGGCCCCCGAGACGCACCGCUUUGUCGAUCGCGGUGAAGUCGUGCUUGGUGUGUACAUAAAGCUGGAGAAAUUCCGCUUUGAGUGUCAGGAUAUUGAGAACAAGGAGACCACAUUCUCACCGGGGAAGGAAAGUGAAGUUGAGCAUUCGGAUGAGAUGGGGGCCGAGGAGUCUGAUGAGGAGGAGAAAAGGAAGAAGAACAAGCCGCGACAGAUGGUCUACUUGAUUGUGGAUAGUCUAGAUAUAGUCGGAUGGCACAACGCAUUGAUUGAAUCCUCUAUGGACGACGAGGUAGAAGUAGAUACAGAUGUCGUUGAACCCGAGAAUGUUGCACAUGAAGAGUCUCCCAAGCCAGAAAAGGCUCAACAGUCCCAGCAAACAGUAAUGGCACAACCCGAUUCCCCUCAAGAAGCGAGGGAGAGAGAUCUUUGGGAAAGAGUCGAACGCGAUACAGCUCUUAGAGAAAAGUCAGAGCGAGAAUUCAAGGAACGAGAGGCUAAAGAGCGAGAGGCCAAGGAGACAGAAGCUGCCCGCCAAAGGGAAGCCGAGGCAGCGAAACUCGAUAGCCAACCAGCAGACGCAGACGAUGAUUUCGAAGUCAUGCGUAUUUCCAAUGACCAAACAACUCAGAAGCGUGAAGCAGCAGCAGCAGCAGCAGCAGCAGCAGCAACAGCAACAGUAACAGUAACAACAGCAACCACCUCCACAAACCGCACAAAAGACACCGCCCGUCCACCCCAGCCAAGCUACAACCACAUACAACCUCUAAAGCUAACCAAACUGCGCUCCAUCCCAAAUCUACCCUACAAGCAGAACUGGAGCGUGAACGUGCUGUGCGUAAUAUCAGCCAUAUCUGACGUCGAACCAGCAGGGAUACCGCCCUACACGCAGCGCCAAGCACGUCUCACCGAUCCAUCGACAGACAAGCACGUUCUGCUGACGGUAUUUCUCGACGCGCACCUCUUCACGCCCAAAGUCGGCAGUAUCGUCUUACUCGUCGGCGUCAAGAACCACCGCUUCGACGGCGGCAGUUUGAAGAAGUACGACAGCGAUCGACCCAAGGCAGGAGGGAGCUGGUGGUUCGAGAACCCAGGGCAUCUACCAUGGUGCGACGUGGCUGGGUUAAGUCUAUGGUGGGACGCGUUUGGAGCGUAGCAAUGAUAGAUACAUAAAUAGAUGAAGAAAAAUUUUAUUAUAAGCAUUGAAAGUUGCG